AAUAAAAAGAAAUGUAGAACACGCUAUGAUUUAUGAAUGACUUGGUCAAUCUUUGUUCCCAACCAGACAACCUGGCUAAAGCUCAAUACAUGAAACUUCAAUCUGCAAGAUAGAAGGGAUUAAAACAAGGGUUAUUCACAAAGGAAAGGAUUAUGAGUGAGGACAAAACUAGAAAGAAAAAUGGAAUCAAACUGUAUCAGAGAAGCAUCAAGAGCCUGUUUCUAUAAUUGCUGCUCAAAUCCUUUGCUUGGCUUGCCAGAGACUCGUAAUACAACCCGUAAGGCAACGAGCACUGGUAUCGGUCCUCGACAUGAUUUCACAACUGCCAUACUUGCCUCUAUUCAACCAAGUGGGAAUUUUACUAAUCCCGAGUCCCUUCCUUCGUCCGCAGAAUUGUUUUCUUGCUUUGAAAAUGCAUGUUCACACUACUCGAGUACCGUUCUUGCAGAUAAUAUUCGAGCACAAGAAUACAACCAUCUCUUGGUCUCGAAUCGUGUGUGCCUUGAUUACAUAGGCCAUGGUCUUUUCUCCUACUCCCAGCAGCAAGGACAUAUUCUUGUGACUGAAAUUGCCUCUUCUUCGAAAUCUACCCCUCCAAGACCUAUGCACUCGCCCUUCUUUGACAUUUCAUACAAGUCGGUGAAUUUGAGCUCUUUCUUGUCAUAUGGUGGCCAAGAAUCAGAAUUCGAAUCCUCGAUGCGAAAAAGAAUCAUGAAAUUCAUGAAUGUCUCGGAAGAGGACUAUUACAUGGUUUUCACAGCCAACCAGUCGUCGGCAUUUAAGCUUCUAGCAGACUCUUAUCCUUUUCAAUCUAAUCAGAACCUUCUUACAGUAUAUGAUUAUGAGAAUGAGGCAGUGCAAGUGAUGGUCGAGAGCUCUAACAAAAAAGGCGCAAGACCAGUAUCAGCAGUGUUCUCAUGGCCUAACUUGAGGGUCAAUUCCAGGAAGCUGAGAAAACUAAUUGUGAACAAGAGUAAGCAAAGGAAUCGAGGCUUGUUUGUUUUUCCUCUUCAGUCGAGGAUGACUGGAGCGCGAUACUCUUAUCAGUGGAUGAGCCUGGCAAGGGAAAAUGGAUGGCAUGUUUUGCUGGACGCCUGUGCCUUAGGAGCGAAGGACAUGGAAACAUUAGGCCUCUCUCUAUUCCAACCUGACUUUCUCAUUUGCUCCUUUUUCAAGGUUUUUGGGGAAAAUCCAUCUGGAUUUUGCUGCCUGUUUGUUAAGAAAUUCACUGUCUCAGAGUUAUGCAAAUCCUCCACAAGCUUGGGGAUCGUCAGCCUAUUGCCAGCAAAUGAACCAUUUGAACAAUUAGCCUUUGCCAGGGCAGAAACCGAAAAUGAAACAUCAACAUCACAGCAAGAAAUCGAAGAAACUCCCGAACAAGUUCAUAUGAAGCUGAAAGAACCAUCAGUUUCUGAAAUCGUCGAAUUGGAUGAAGCCCUUGAAACAGCACAAUCAAAAAACCGCGAAUGUAGCACCUCAGGAGGAAUCGAAUGCCGGGGUUUGGAUCAUGCAGAUACCCUAGGCCUAAUACUGAUCAGCAGUAGAACAAGGUGCCUAGUAAACUGGCUGGUAAACGCAUUAAUGUCUCUUCGGCACCCACAUUCAGAAAAUGGCCUCCACCUCGUUAGAAUCUACGGGCCAAAAAUAAAGUUAGACAGAGGGGCAGCAGUUGCAUUCAAUGUAUAUGACUGGAAAGGAGAAAAAAUUGAUCCGAUUCUAGUACAAAAACUAGCUGACCGAAACAACAUUUCUGUUGGUCGCGGCAUUUUAACAAACAUCUGGUUCGCAGAAAUUUACGAAGAAGAAAAGCAAAAAAUAUUGGAUACAAGAAGUACAAAGGAGGAAUCUAAGAAGAAAUACAAGAAUUUACAUGGGAUUUCUGUGGUGACGAUUUCAAUCGGGAUGUUAACGAACUUUGAGGACAUGUAUAGAAUCUGGGCAUUUGUUUCGAGGUUUCUUGAUGCAGAUUUUGUGGAGAAAGAACGAUGGAGAUACACUGCUUUGAAUCAAACAACCGUUGAGGUAUAAAUAUUUAUUCUUUUAUUUUAUUUUAUUUUAUUUUAUUUUGGGAUUUAAAGUUUAUGUGAUUUCUUCAAAUUCCUAGUUCAUUGAAUCGAACGUACAUCAUCAAUUGAAUUGCUUGGGGCAACUUCAACCCUUCCACCAUUUUCCACCAAAUUUUACCAUUUUUCACCAAAAACACCACUCCAACCCAACACCAAAUCUGGUGCAAUACUAUUGCACCAUUUUACACCAAAUGUGAUAAAAGUCUAUUUUGCCCUUUUUCGUGUAUGACCAAAUUGAUAUGAAGGGUAUUUGUGUCAUUUUAAA